ACAACUCACGCAUUGAUGAAAUCGUUUGUAACUUCCACAGCCUAGAGCCGCGUGUGUUCCCUAAAUAACUCCAACUAUCAUGUCGGUUUUACAGAAGUCUUUCACUCUGACACAUUCAUGGAGGAGACACACGUUUAGUCGGUUGUUUCAGUGUUAUUACAGUUCAGUUCCGUCCGGACUCAGUUCCGUGUUUCACUGUCCGAACACCAGAACCAGAACCAGGACUGUGCUGAUCUCCUCUCAGGACCAGGGCAGUUUUCAGCGUCUGUUACCUGCUGGCAGGUAUGAAGCGGGUUUUUACGGUUGCAGAGGAUUUUCAACUUCACCGAGUAUCAGGAGUGAAGCUGUUGGGCAGAUCCAGUCAAAACAUUAUCAGCUGAUUUACACAUGCAAGGUUUGCUCCACCAGGUCCAUGCAGAAGAUCUCCAAACUGGCUUACCACAAAGGCGUUGUCAUAGUGACGUGUCCGGGGUGCAAGAACCACCACAUCAUCGCUGAUAACCUCGGCUGGUUCUCUGACCUGGAAGGGAAGAGAAACAUUGAAGAAAUCCUCGCUGCCAAAGGAGAGACCGUGAAGAGGUUUGAAGGAGAAGCUGCUUUGGAGAUUGUGGUGGAUGAAUCCAGCAAGACACAGCAGAGUGACGACAAAGAAAAGUCAGACAGUGACCUAGAAAAGCAAUAAUGCCGUGUUUAUUCUGUACAUGUACCUUGUAAGAUGUUUAUUUUUAAUUUAAUAAUAAAUACAUACUUUUUAAUUA